AGCUGAGAGCAGAGUAGCAGCGCCCGAACAGAGACGUUGCUGAGAAUCAGACCAUGAAGGACGAGGCAGGCGAACAGAGCACCUAGUUUUACAAAUGUAGAUGACAGGUUAAUUCAGGGCGGAUACACGGGAGAGAGAUCGCAGUUCAGGCUGGCAUCUGUUGCAGCCGUGCAGCAUCCUAAGAAGGAAGUGACAGUGACAAUUGCUUCAGUCUAGAUAAUCUUGCAGUGCAUGAAGUCGGCAACAAGAUCCAGCAGAAGAAAUGGCGGUUAGGCAGAGGAUUUUCAACUCAACAGCACCAUUCUCCGGAUCGCCCCAGGCUGAGCUGAAGGGGUCUUGCUCAGCCGCAGACCAGGACACGGAGGAGGGGGAAGAGGAGGAGAAGGACAGCAAGAUGGGCUUCCCACACUUAAACCCCUUUGUUAAUAAACUCUUGACCCAUGGAACUGCAGAGCAAAUGGAUGAAAUGCACUUUAAGACCUCAACAGUCAUUGCUCAGGCUUCAUGUGAAACCCAGGACUCCCAAGAGUUUAUCCCAUCUUGUUGUGAACGAUCCUUUGUUCCCAUCCCCAACUGCUUCACCAGCAGUCUUUCCUCAGAGCACAACAACGUGGCAUGCCCAACGACAGCUUCUGUCCAGGAGCCCAACGGCUCAUCAGUGCAGCUCAAACCCAGGAAAAAGAGCAGGAAGAAGCGUAAGGGGAAGAAAAGGCUGGAGAAGAAGAAGAAGGAGAAGCAGCGACACAGACAUCGAACACCCUCUGGAGUCCCUGAACAGGAGAGUGGAAGAUCUCUGGUUCAAGUCCUGGAUGGGACAUCUCUUGGAGGAAGAAGCAACCUCAGUGAUUCUUGCUGUAGCAGCAUUGAAAGCUCAGAGGAGCAGGACAGAGGGCCUCCCCUCUACAGCCGACAGAUCUACAACACAUGCUCCAGCUGCUCACCCCUGACCUGGGGGGACCAGGUCUGCGGCCACCUCUCCAGUCUCCACUCCUUCGAGCGGGACAGCGACUCAGACUCCCUCAGCAAUUUGAGACACUGCUCGCUGGCCCUCGCUGGCCUCAGGUGUAGCGUCAGUCAGGGGGACCCGUGCUACGCAGGGCCCUUCUUCAAAGAUGUGGAGAGGGAUGCGAGAGAAGAGGAAUACAAGCUCUCAGUAGCUGAUUCUGACCCCAACGAGGGAAUCAUCUUUUACAAUGAUAAAAUUCAGCCUGUGGACUGCGAGUACAGGGAAGGGAGGGAGUUUGUCCUCACAGAUUUUAUCAAGGAAGGCUCCUACGGUGAAGUGCGCACCGCUCGAGAUGUCAACACAGGCUUCAGAUUUGCCAUCAAAAAGAUCGCCCUGAAGAGGUUCAGCAGUGAGGAGGUGGGUGCGUGGAGUGCCCUCAGAUCUCCUCGCGUGGUGGAACUCUUCGGAGUGGUCAGAGAGGGGCCUAAUGUUCUACUCUUCAUGGACCACAAAUCUGGCUCUCUGGGCCAGUUGAUAGCCAAGCGUGGCCGGCUGCCAGAGGAUUUGAGCCUCCACUACCACUCGCAAGUCUUAACAGGGCUGGAGUACUUGGUAAAGAAAAAGGUGGUGCACCUAGAUAUAAAAGCUGAAAAUGUGUUGCUGUCGGAGGACGGUAGAGACACCUUCCUGUGCGACUUCGGACACGCAGAGAGACUGGACAAACAGGGGCAGAGCCUCAGCGGGUCCAACGAUCUGAAGGGCACAGAGACCCACAUGGCCCCUGAGAUCGUUAAAGGGGAAUCCCGCGGAGCCAAAGCAGAUGUGUGGAGCAGCUGCUGCAUGUUACUGCACAUGCUGAACGGGUGUCAACCUUGGACAAGAUACUACAAAUGUAGACUUUACCUCAAGAUUGCUAAUGAGCCUCCGCCUCUGAGAGAGAUCCCACCUGACUGUAGUCCUCUCACUGCUGAAGCACUUAAGGCGGGACUUCAGAAGGAUCCAGUCAAGAGAGCAUCAGCAGCAGAGCUCAAAGAAAAAACUGACAGAGCUCUGAAAGAAGUGGGAGGCCUCACCAGCCCAGUGAAGGGACCCUACACUGAGCCCCUGUACAUAGCCAAUGAACCUCCAGACUCCCUGCAGCCCAUCAACAGCAGCGUUGACUAUGAAGACGAGGUGGAACAUGAAGAGUCUGUGGAGAGGGCGAUCACAGCAGGGAGGAGGGCAAAGGAGCUGGAUGAUGAGGAGGAAGAGAAGGAGGCUGACAGUAAUGAGUCAAAGCGAGGCUCGCAGUGCUAUCCACAGAUGCUGAUCUCUGAGCCAAACCACAAGAGGAGCAACAAGGAGACCACUGUGCCCGAACUUGAGCUACGUAAACUGGCGCGAGAUUUCUACCUGAGCAGUCUGUCUCAGCCUCAGUCUGUUGAGAUGCAGGAGCAUCUCUUGUCCUGCCUCAGCAGUGAAAAUUGGGAACAAUGGGACAAAAAGGACUCUGGCCGCUGGUCCCUGAGCCCAGGAGACGACUUCAGCUCUGGCGUCUUCUCCUACAACAGUCAGCCCGAUGUGCAGGUCUUCAGUAUGGAUUUCCUGGGUCACAGGCAGCUACCACCACCCUGCUGUUUUGAAGGGGUGGACGUCUGCAUCAGAGACUUCAGCAGGAGGAGCAUCCGGAUCAGGGAGACACGCCGGGUGAAGGUGGGCCACAUCGCGACCGGAAUCAGUGAUCAGAUCUCUGAGAGAGUUUUCACUCUAGAGACACAGCAAGGCCAGCAGAUCGCUCACGAUGAGGAGGUGCAGGAGUCCGGUCUGGAGCUCUGCUGUGUUGCCGCCCCAGACUACAGUCCUGCCUGGAGGUGGAGGAUCAGAGAUGGAGUGCUGGAGACGAGAUAGAACCAACAACUUUCCCCCUUCCAUCGGCCACAGUGUCAUCUUAACCGCUGAUCAUAUCACUUUGUGCUGAAUUGCUUUAAAUGUGCCUUUGUCUUUUCCAUUUGUCUUACAUUGCAAGGACCAUGCAUUUAUGAGAUCUACCUGAGCUGCUCUUAUAGCAGAACUGCCUCAUGUAAAAUGCCACAAUGGAGUUUGUUACGUACCUUUUUGUCUUUUAAGUAGCCAUAACUCAAAGCGCUGAGCAUACUGUGAUGUGUAUAUGUUGAUUGUUCUGAGUCAAUAAACAGUACACUGAA